UUUUGCACGGAAGGGAAGAGCCGGCCGUCGUCCUCAGAUAUACUGUCACUGCUGUCAGCUCAAAGGUGUAAAAUAGCGAUAUUAUAAUCCUGAUAUCUAAUAGGGAUAUAUACUACUGUCGUAUUUUCGAAGUAGUCGAAAGGGUUGAAAUUAAAACUUCUGCCACAAAAAUGUUAAAAGCGAAGGAAGAGGACAGAGACACAGAAGAUGCUGCACCUAUACAACAUUUCCGUAACCUAAGACUCUCAAGUGGUGGACAGAACAAAAAGUCUGAUGUCUUGCCUAGACAAACUGGUGUUUUGUUCUGUGGUCAUCAGAUGCCACCAGAUUACUUGAUUUCAUGGUGCAAGUACUAUCUAAUGCAGGAGAAGACUGAAUUCACUUGUCCAAGACUUGAUGAGUACAAGAAGGGCAUAUGUGGCACAAAAUUCUCUUAUCAGGACUUGUGCAAUACAGUUUCAUUAACUUCCUCGCUGAAGGAAUUCUUUGAAGAGAGACUUGGGGAGCUAACUGCAGCAAGCUACUGUGAAUUUAAAGCUUGUCCAGGAUGCGAGUCGUAUAUGGAGAGAGCUGAUCAGGAGAACCUGUGUGUCCACUGUACCGUAUGCACUGCCAGGAUGGGACGCUCCUAUGAGUUCUGCUGGGACUGCAGGAGGAAAUGGAAAGGAGCAGUGCAAAAUACUGUGCACUGUGGCUACAGUGACUGCAGAGAGACAGAGACUUUGCAAACAAAGAGAGAUUUGCUAAAGUUGUGUCAGCCUGCAUUCAAGCAACGCAAGCUUCAGACAGAACAGAUCUAUUCAACAAAGGAGAAAUCCAGUGACAGAAAGCGACUGGCUAUGAUCAUCAACAAUGUUGAAUUCACAGUAAGGGAGUAUAAUCGGAAUGGAGCAGAGAAGGAUGAAGAGAAUAUGAAGACUUUGCUUGAGGCCUUGGGUUAUGAUGUAAUCAUACUGAAUGACCUGUCUGCAGAGGGGAUGGAGGCUGCCUUGAGAGACUUCUCACAACACAAUGAACACAAAAAUUCAGACAGCACAUUUUUUAUCAUGAUGUCCCAUGGUGGACCUAAUGGCAUUUAUGGCAUUCAUUUUGAUGAAAAAGAGGAUGACAUUUUCCCUGUGGACAAAAUCUUCUACUACCUCAGCUCUGAGAACUGCCCCGGACUAACAGACAAGCCAAAAAUCAUUCUGAUUCAGGCAUGCAGAGGAGAUAAAGAAGGCCAUGUGUGGGUAUUUGAUGGUGUAAAGUCCAAUAAAGGAACAAAACAACACCGUGAAAAAGAUUUUGCGUGCUUAAGAUCAUGCACACCAGACACUGUAUCCAUCAGGAAUCCUGACUCUGGCACAAUAUUCUUCAAGAUCCUUGUGGAAAUAUUCAAUGAACACUCUCAUGAGAACGACAUAGUGGAAUUGUUUACAAAGAUUCUUCACAGGUUUGAAAAAAAAGCAAAGGAAGGUGAAAUUCCUUAUCAAAUGCCAUGUAUGGACAGAACCACGCUUGUUAAGAAAUUCUACCUGUUUCCUGGACUUUGACAAGAGCUCAGGUUGCUGUCACUUCCUCAGGAAUUUAUUUAGUCUUUGUUAAAUAAGAGUACAAUAAAGUUUAUUUAGAAUUGAAGUAACAGACCCUUAUGUAUAGAACUGUACACACCAAAUCAAUGCAGAUGAAAUGAAACUAUUAAUAUUGUUUUAUACUUCACAAAUCUGUACCUAUUUCAUUAAAGAAAAGUAUUUCUAUAUAUUUAGCAUCCAAGAUAAAUUAAUAAGAUACUGUGAUGUAUACUCCAGCUAAGUACAGGAAGACCAAUCAGAGGGUUGUGUUCCUUCUUCAUGUGUUCUAUCAUGCAGAAAAUCUUUCUGCCAGUAUUGUUCACUUUCACAUGAAUAAACUGUUUUUAUUUUUAAAUUUUUUUUUUUUUACAAUGUGUUGUUACACUGGAUUAAUAUUCUUACAGUAAAUGGUAAAUCUACAAUGGUCUGAGGUUGCAGAAGGGUGAAGAAAAAAAGCAGUAAGUAAUUUCAGGACAUUAAAUCUAUAAACAUAAUUUUUACUGACUGUUCACAAGAUUCACAAGUAUUACUCUUUAUUUUUCUUUCUCUCCUAUAUAAGUAUAUAUAAACAGAUUUAAUGUAAAUUAGGCCAGAGGUGAAGGGAAAAUUAGACACUUUCAGAGUGGUCACAGUCAGUGUUGAAUCAAACACAGUCAGUCAUCUUUUAUGCACACAUCAAGUGUAUGCAUCAAGUGUAUGCACACAUAUA